GGGAUUUCUAUGUUGGAUCUUCGAUCCUGGUAGGCCCUUAUUUGCCUCCUGGCAGGGACGUCAUAGGACCAAGCAAGUAAUUCUAACCUUCACGAGAUGUUAUAAAAUGGGGGAACAUCCCUAGGGAUGGUCUCAUCUUUUCAGCCAAAUGCACACGCGCUUCAUUCAAUAAUCUUAUCCCAAUAUUUUAUACUCCUCUUGAAGUUAAAGCCAAGAUCUUCAAAUUUCCAGUGAUCAUGUCUGACCCCGGACGCAAGGAUUUCACAACUAAGGCCAAGGAGGAGAUGACUCCCGACUCUUCCAAGUCAACCCAGGAGCAAAUCAAAGAGACCGUAACCGACGCAAAAGAUCGCCUUACUCGAGGACUUCAAACUGAUGACCAAAAGGGCACUGGCCAGGAAGCCUUCGACAAGGCUCAACGUACCUCCGAUAACCAACAAGGAGGUGCUGCUCAGACCAUGGGUGAUAAGGUGAAGGGCGCUCUAGGAAUGGACAAAUGAGCAUUCGAUUUUGGUUGACAUACCAGACGGUUGUAAAGGCGAGGAAAUUGUUUUUGAGCUGUUUGCUUUUAGUGGCCUGUAUAGGUGCGAUGAUGUUAUAUAUGCAAAGGAAUUCGUAAUGAGUUGACAACCAAUAAAUCCUGAAAAAGGCUUUUGUUAUGC